GUCUCCACCAUUUCCUAGAAAAGAGGAGAAAACAACUAAAUUGCAGGAGAUGGUGACAUUCAAGGAUGUGGCCGUGGUCUUCAGCAAGGAGGAGUUGGUCCUGCUGGACGCCGCCCAGAGGAAGCUGUACCGAGACGUGAUGCUGGACACCUUCAGGACGCUGCUCUCAGUGGCACAUGAGCCCUUCAAACCAGGUCUGAUAGCCCAGCUGGAGAAUGAAGAGAAGCUUUGCAUGGUGGAAGCCCAAGCAGGUGGGAACGAUGCUUCUGGGUCAGCGGGUGGGAGUACUUGUCCCAAAGCAUUCUCCUCAUGUCAGACCUGGCCAGAAGGUGCAGGCGUGUUACCCAGAGGUCAGGGUUCCUUGAAAAGAUGUCCAGAGAGGAACACGGAGUCUCAGCACCAAGGAGAUUGCCCCUGCCUGGUGUGUGCAGGCAUGCCGGUUCAGAUUUCUGAAGAUGGGAACUAUGUGUUGCCUCCUGUAGAUGAUGACUCUGCCUCUAUGAGAAAUCAAGGGUUUCUGUCGCUGAGAGCCAAGCAGUCCUGGUGGGAGUCUUAUCUCCGAGGCUCAUGUGAUUGCCAGUGGGAAGGUCAGCAAAUGUCCAGAAGGAGUCAUUUCUGUAGGUGGGAUGGCAUCAGUUGUUUCUCCUGCCACAGGGACAAUGAGGGGUUGCACAGAAAGGAGGAAGGCUCUAGUUUCCAUGACAACAGAGAAGAGACCAUGAAGGUAUCAUCACUUAAGCAGGACUUGGUUAAAUUAGGGCCUGAGCCCUGCCCAUGUACUGAGGAUAGAAAAGCCUGGGGCCUUGGUGACAGUGAGGACCACAGCUCUCACACACAUCAGCAGUUCUCCUCAAGAGGAAAGCCCUGCACACACAGUCCAUGUGCUAAGGGCUGUCAUGAGGGGUCAGCUCUUCACAGUCAUCACAGUGUGGAGACGGGAGAUGAAGGUGCUGCUGAGAGCCCUCCUCUGGGUUCCCCUCCGAGGGUGUGUACAGAGCAAGCGCUGGGCCGGGCCAGUGAGAAUGUCCAUCACGGCUCCCCUCUGAACAUCUGUGGGUGUGCCCACCCAGGCAGCGCCUCCCAGCAGUGCAGCAUCCCUGAGGAAACUUUGGGUUGUUGUUUACACUGUAAUAGUAAUUUUAGGGCCCACACUAGGGAAGAGCCCAGCAAAUAUGAGGAGAAUAGGAAUGUGUCUAAUCAGAGUUUGUAUCUCCAAGUGAAUGAGAUCAUCCGUGCUGAAGAGAAACUAUAUCCAGGUGUGGCGGGCAGAAAAGAUUUCACACACUGUUCCCAGUUUGACCCUCGUCACCGAGUUCCUGUGGAAGAGACUCUCUAUAACCCUGCAUGUGGUAACCACUUCAGUUUGCCCCCACAUUUCCAGGACUUCCCAACAGUGCAUCCCAGGGAACAGCCGCAUAAGCAUCCAUACGGUACCAGCUUCGGUCAAAAGUUGUGUGUUCAAGGCCAUCAGCAACUUCUCAUCAGAGAGAAACCUUUCAGUAAACAGGGUAGAAAUGGAUGUAACUGGAGUUCCCGGUCAAAAGAUCAUCAGAAACAGAAGCCACACAAAUGCAGCACCUGUGGGAAAGGCUUCAGUCACAGAUGGGUUCUUAACAUCCACCAGAGAGUCCACACAGGAGAGAAGCCGUACAAGUGUGAGGAGUGUGGGAAGGUCUUCAGCCAGAGUGCCUACUUGCAUGCCCACCAGAGAGUCCACACCGGGGAGAAGCCAUACAAGUGUGAGGAGUGUGGGAAGUGCUUCAGUCGGAGUUUCUACCUGCAAGGCCACCAGAGAGUUCACACUGGGGAGAAACCAUACAAAUGUGAGGAGUGUGGGAAGGAAUUCAGUCGGAGUUCACACCUUCAAGGCCACCAGAGAGUCCACACUGGAGAGAAACCAUACAAGUGUGAGGAGUGUGGGAAGGGCUUCAGCUGGAGUUUUAAUCUUCAAAUUCAUCAGCGGGUUCACACAGGAGAAAAACCCUAUAAAUGUGGACAAUGUGGCAAAAGUUUCAGCAAGGCCUCAACUCUCCUGGCCCAUGAGAGAGUCCACACUGGAGAAAAGCCUUACCAGUGUGAUGAGUGUGGGAAGGGCUUCAGUCAGAAAUCAUACCUUCAAAGCCACCAGAGUCUUCAUUCUGGAGAGAGACCAUAUAUUUGUGAGGUGUGUGGGAAGAGCUUCAGUCAGAGAGCAUAUCUACAAGGCCACCACAGGGUCCAUACCAGAGUAAAACCAUAUAAAUGUGAGAUGUGUGGGAAGGGCUUCAGCCAGAGUUCCCGCCUUCAGGCACAUCACAGGGUCCACAUGCGGGGGAAACCGUACCAAUGUGAGAUGUGCACGGAAGGAUUUAGUAAGAGUUCUUGUCUCCAAGCACAUCAGAGGAUCCACACAGAAGGAAGACCCUACAAAUGUGAACAGUGCGGUAAGGGCUUCAGUGGGUCUUCCAGUCUCCAGGCCCAUCAGAGGGUCCACACUGGGGAGAAGCCGUACAAAUGUGAGGUGUGUGGGAAAGGCUUCAGCCAGAGAUCAAACCUUCAAGCUCAUCAACGAGUCCACACAGGAGAGAAACCCUACACGUGUGAUGUUUGUGGGAAGUGUUUCCGCUGGAGUUCAGGACUUCUGAUCCAUCAAAGAGUCCAUAGCAGUGAUAAGUUCUGCAGGAGGGAAGAGUGUAGGAAUAGUUAUUCUUCUGAUAACCUAUGCAGAAAUGAAGGCCUGUCAAAUGCUGUUCUGUUUUGUUUAUGAAAAUGUAGUGUUUGUACCCAACAUGAAUGCCAGUCUUGGUUGGGAAGCAACAUGGUGUAGAGCUCUACCAAGAGUUUGUCAAAAUCUCAACAAGCUUUUGCAGAGAGGAUCAAGCACUUCCCAACAUGCAUGUCAGCAGGAAUUAAGAAAAGUACAAUAGGGCUGGAGAGAUGGCUCAGAGGUUGAGAGCACCGACUGCUCUUCCAGAGGUCAUGAGUUCAAUUCCUAGCAACCACAUGGUGGCUCACCACCAUCCCUUAUGAGAUCUGAUGCCCUCUUCUGGUGUGCAGAUAGACAUGGAAGCAGAAUGUUGUAUACGUAAUAAACAAAUAAAAUCUUAAAAAAAAAGAAAAGUACAAUCUUCAUGUCCACUAGGACAUAACCUGGAUGAUAGAGACAUUGUCCCCUGCCAAGGCUGCAUGACAAUGGCUAGAGAAAUGGCUCAGCUGUGAUGAGCACUGGCUGCUUUUUAAGAAGACCACAUGGUGACUACAUGGGGCCCAGACAUAUGUUCAGGCAAAACACUCAUAUACAGAAAAAUAAAUGAAACCUUGCAUAGUCAGACAUUUCCUUCCUGACCACCUGGUCCCAAAUAAUCACUCAGAGGCUCAUAUAAUGUACAAAUGCUCAGCCAAUAGCUCGGGCUUGUUACAAGUUAACUCUUAAACUAACCCAUAAUUCUUAUCUACCUUUAGCUACGUGGCUUGGUACCUUUUCUUGGUACAGCAUUGUGGUGUGAAUUCCAAUUGGUCUUAAUAAAAACCCAGGGUCAGAUAUCAGUUGAAUUGGUGAAUGAUCAGAGACACAAAGGAACAAAUCACAGCCACCUCCCACCUUGCCAAUUUCUCGGCUGAAAAAGGGCCACGGUCCAGUCUCUGCCCUGCUUUAUCACUCCUCUCAGCCCAGCCAUACAUAUCAUGUCCUGUUUCCUCCCAGGAGCAGGGAUUAAAGUAUGUGCUACCAUGGCCUGGCCUCUAUUGCUAACUAGUGGCUAGCUCCUCACUCUGACCUCCACACAAGCUUUAUUUGUUAAAGCACAAACAAAAUAUCACCACAUUUGCACCUUUUUGUCUAAAAUAAAAAGAUUAUAACUAAUAAAUACUAUGUACAGUAAGUACAAUAACUAUAAACAACACACAGGCAAUAAACACAUCAACAAUAUCUAAUCCAUUUAAAUUUGACAAGUUCAUUGAAGAUACCCCAUUAUUUAUCCUAUCUUGGUGAGUCCAAAUUGUAUCUAAUUCACCUUCUAUCCUAAUUUGUAUUACCGAAACUAUCUUUUAAUGUCUCUACCUCUUAAUCCCGAGUCCUAGGAUUAAAGGUGUGUACCACCGCCUCCGAGCUUCUGACUGCUGGGAUGAAAGGUGUGUAUCACCACUGCCUGAUCUCUAUAGCUUAUGGCUGACUUUGCUUUCUGAAUCCUCAUGCAAGCUUUAAUAAAUCAGCAAUAAUUACCACAUCACCACACUUAGCCUCAUCUUUCCUCCAGGUCCUCCAUUGUAAUUGAGGACCAGGCUCCAAGACUGCUAUGUCUCUCCAAUCUUGAGGGAUAAUUAAUUCUAUUACAACGGGUUGGACGCGAGUUUGAUGUCUGCUUCACAAAGGGUGAAUGCACGGCAUAUGAGACUAUAGUUCCCUUGAAUCUCCUUAAAUCUAACAUUUCCAUAGGAGUCCAUUCAGCUCUUGCACAGCCUUGGGAACAUCUAUCAUUUGGCCAUUCUUGUAAGGUCACUGGAUAAAGUUGGUUGUUUGAAAACCUUA